AAACAAGCCAAAAAGAUUCCAAAAAUCAAGAACACGUUCCCACCGGGCACCGGCGCCGUCCGUCCGCCCGCCUUCCUGGCCAGCCCGAGCCGGCCAAUUGGUAAACUCGUCUGCAGCGGCAUCACAUAUAAGCCCCACAACACCACACCUUCCCUCCUCUCCCAUCACUCUUCUCCUCCGUUGCUUGCCUCUCCAGGAAGCCAACAAUUUGAGCCAGUUCACACACUGGGAGCAGAGAGAGAUAGAUAGGCCGAGAGAGAAGAACAGAGCCGGGCCCCAGGCGGCCCCCAACUCCCCAAGCUGGGCACCAUGUCCGGCGGCGUCUUGCUGCUCGUGCUGCUCGUGGCGGCUGCCGCUGUCUUCGCGUCCCCGGCCAAUGCCGCCGUGUCCUACGACCACAAGGCCAUCGUCAUCAAUGGCCAGCGCCGCAUCCUCAUGUCCGGCUCCAUCCACUACCCACGCAGCACCCCCGAGAUGUGGCCGGACCUGAUCCAGAAGGCCAAGGACGGCGGGCUGGACGUGAUCCAGACCUACGUGUUCUGGAACGGGCACGAGCCGGUGCAGGGGCAGUACUACUUCGGCGACCGCUACGACCUCGUCCGCUUCGUCAAGCUCGCCAAGCAGGCCGGCCUCUACGUCCACCUCCGCAUCGGCCCCUACGUCUGCGCCGAGUGGAACUUCGGUGGAUUCCCUGUCUGGCUCAAGUAUGUGCCCGGCAUCAGCUUCCGGACUGACAACGGCCCCUUCAAGGCGGCGAUGCAGACGUUCGUGGAGAAGAUCGUGUCGAUGAUGAAGUCGGAGGGCCUCUUCGAGUGGCAGGGCGGGCCCAUCAUCCUGGCCCAGGUGGAGAACGAGUACGGGCCCAUGGAGUCGGUCAUGGGCGGCGGCGCCAAGCCCUACGCCAACUGGGCCGCCAAGAUGGCCGUCGCCACCGGCGCCGGCGUGCCCUGGGUCAUGUGCAAGCAGGACGACGCCCCCGACCCCGUGAUAAACACCUGCAAUGGCUUUUACUGCGACUACUUCACCCCGAACUCCAACGGCAAGCCCAACAUGUGGACCGAGGCCUGGAGCGGCUGGUUUACGGCUUUCGGCGGCGCGGUGCCGCACCGGCCGGUGGAGGACCUGGCCUUCGCCGUGGCGAGGUUCGUCCAGAAGGGCGGCUCUUUCGUCAACUACUACAUGUACCAUGGAGGCACGAACUUCGACCGGACCGCCGGUGGCCCCUUCAUCGCGACGAGCUACGACUACGACGCGCCGAUCGACGAAUACGGUCUGCUUAGGCAGCCGAAAUGGGGUCACCUGAGGGACCUUCACAAGGCCAUCAAGCAGGCAGAGCCGGCGAUGGUCUCCGGCGACCCCACGAUCCAGUCCAUCGGGAAUUACGAGAAGGCCUACGUGUUCAAGUCGAGCACCGGAGCCUGCGCGGCGUUCCUGUCCAACUACCACACGAGCUCCCCGGCGAAGGUCGUCUACAACGGCCGGCGGUACGAGCUCCCGGCCUGGUCCAUCAGCAUCCUGCCGGACUGCAAGACCGCCGUCUACAACACGGCCACGGUGAAGGAGCCGUCGGCGCCGGCGAAGAUGAACCCGGCGGGGGGUUUCUCGUGGCAGUCGUACAGCGAGGACACCAACUCGCUGGACGACAGCGCCUUCACCAAGGACGGCCUGGUGGAGCAGCUCAGCAUGACCUGGGACAAGUCCGACUUCCUGUGGUACACCACCUACGUGAACAUCGACUCGAGCGAGCAGUUCUUGAAGUCCGGACAGUGGCCGCAGCUCACCAUCAACUCCGCCGGGCACACCCUGCAGGUGUUCGUCAACGGGCAAUCAUACGGCGCCGGCUACGGCGGUUACGACAGCCCGAAGCUGUCGUACAGCAAGUACGUGAAGAUGUGGCAAGGCAGCAACAAGAUCUCCAUCCUGAGCUCCGCAGUCGGCCUCGCGAACCAAGGGACCCAUUACGAGAACUGGAACGUGGGCGUUCUUGGCCCGGUGACGCUGUCAGGGCUGAACCAGGGGAAGAGGGACCUGAGCAACCAGAAAUGGACAUACCAGAUCGGGCUGAAAGGCGAGUCGCUGGGCGUGCACUCCAUCACCGGGAGCUCGUCCGUCGAAUGGGGCAGCGCCAACGGCGCACAGCCGCUGACAUGGCACAAGGCCUACUUCAGCGCGCCGGCGGGCGGCGCUCCGGUGGCCCUGGACAUGGGCAGCAUGGGCAAGGGCCAGAUCUGGGUGAACGGGCGGAACGCCGGCAGGUACUGGUCGUACAAGGCCUCCGGCAGCUGCGGCAGCUGCAGCUACACGGGCACCUACAGCGAGACCAAGUGCCAGACCAACUGCGGCGACAUCUCCCAAAGAUGGUACCACGUGCCACGGUCAUGGCUCAACCCCAGCGGGAACCUGCUGGUGGUGCUCGAAGAGUUCGGCGGCGAUCUGUCGGGCGUCAAACUGAUGACGAGGACAACAUAAAAGAGAAUGGACAUAUCGGCCUGUGAAUAAUUUGCAGGGGGAGUUCAGUUGGAGGGCACAGAGAUACACCAUUGCUUUUUCGUCACAUAUAUCCAUACAGACGGCGUAGAUACGGAUGACACAGUUGGUGCUACGUAGAUACGUACAGAGACUAGCUGCGGUAUUUAUUAGUAUUAUAUGGGAGGGCUAUGUUGGGGCUUGGCCGCCGGAGCGGUUGCAGGAACUGCAACUCCGGUACGACGGCGGGCCGGUACACAGUCGCUGUUGAUUACUAUAAUUUCGAGCCCACUUUGUAGAUUUGCUCUGCGGUCUGUGCGUGCAUGCCCGGUUUAUAUUGCAAAAUUCCUCUUGGUUCGUGCUAUAUCCUCUUUUGUUCCACGAAAAUUUUGCAACGUGGAGCUGCAAAUGUGGAUGAGCUCUGGUUGUUUGUUUA